CCACCCACCCCACCACCCACUCCCAGUCAGAGAGAAAAAUGCUGGCUCUUGGCCUCUAAUCUCAGCUUUUCACUGUAGGUGUAGUGACCACAGUCAGAGAGUCACAUUCUUUUCACCUCACAGGUUGUCCCUGGCUUUAAACACUAGGAACGCGGGGGCAGUUGUUACUAUGGCAUUCAUUUUCACUUCGUACUUUCAGUUCAGGUGGAAAACCCCCCAGGGGCAACUCCCUGCACCUUCCCACCACCACCCCCUCACCUGAAGGUUCCCUUCCCACCCACUCAGCCUAAGUCAGGCUGCAGGCUGCAGGCUGCGGCUUAGCCGCCGAGCACCAACAUGCUGUCUGACCAAAGCGUGUCAGGUAUCUCUGGGGCUUUGGCUUGUUCUAAGGCGGGGUGGCACUUGGCUGGUGGGGCAGUUCUCUUUCAAUUGUCCUUUUGUACAGAGUCAGUCACGAAAUGGUUUUGUCUGCCUCCGUCCUUCUUACUAUUUGGAACUCCCCGGACACGGGGUAAAAAACAUGAACACUUUCCCCUGACAAAUGCACAGGUGUAAAGUCUUACACACACCUGGAAAGAAUGGAGACCCCAUCACAGUGGACCCAGUGAAAAAGCCUCAGUAGAGGCCAUCCGCCAAUAGCUUUUUCCAAAGAGACUGGGACAGGUGUUGUCCUUGUCAUUUCAUAUGUGAGAAAAGGGGCUCAGAAAGUUGAAGGGACUUGCCCAGGGUCACAUGACCAGCCAUGGCAGAGGGUGGAACUAGUGGCCCUGCAGAGUCUCCCUCCGUGCUGGGCACUCAGAUGCCCGUCCUUGCCCAGGGAAGGAGGCCCGUCUAGGAGUCAGACAUUCUGAUUCCAGAAGGCCCUCCAUCCAAAGGCCUGCGUUUCCGGUCCUUAUCUAAUUUGGAUGAUGCCACAGGUCAGUGGCCAGACCAGACCUGGGUGAAGCUCAGCAUGCCGACAGCCACCACACCAGCCUCGCUCUUCUAGGCUGGACUCUGCGUGGGCAAAGGCUUCUUGACAAGCCCAGCAGGAGCCAAGGAACCUACCUCAUGGAGAGACGCUGGGUGAAGGAGGCAGCCAAUGGCUGUAAGGAUGGCUUGGAUUUCGACCCCAUGAAAGAGUACAUGGUCCUGAACGGUUCCCAAAGGAUAGCUGUUGCCGUGCUGUGCACCUCUCUUGCCCUGCUAAGUGCCCUGGAGAACCUGGCUGUGCUCUGCCUGAUCCUGUCCUCCCACCGGCUCCGCAGGAAGCCCUCAUACCUGUUCAUUAGCAGCUUGGCUGUGGCUGACUUCCUUGCCAGUGUGAUCUUUGCUUGCAACUUUGUGGAAUUCCAUGUCUUCCAUGGCAUGGAUUCCAAGGCUGUCUUCCUACUGAAGAUUGGCAGCGUUACUAUGAACUUCACAGCCUCUGUAGGCAGUCUACUAUUGACUGCCAUUGACCGCUACCUCUGUCUGUGCCAUCCACCUACAUACAAAGUCCUACUCACCCGUGGGAGGGCACUGGCAACCCUGGGCAUCAUGUGGGUCCUCUCAGCAUUGGUCUCCUACCUGCCCCUUAUGGGAUGGACUUGCUGUCCCAGUCCCUGCUCUGAGCUAUUCCCCCUGAUCCCCAAUGACUAUCUGCUGGGCUGGCUCCUGUUCAUUGCUUCCCUCUUCUCUGGCAUCAUCUACACAUAUGGGCAUGUCCUCUGGAAGGCCCAUCAGCAUGUAGCCAGCUUGGCUGAACACCAGGACAGGCAGAUGCCAGGAAUGGUGCGAAUGAGGCUUGAUGUGAGGUUGGCCAAGACCCUGGGGGUGGUGCUGGCCGUGCUUUUCAUAUGCUGGCUCCCAGUACUGGCCCUCAUGGUCUACAGUCUGACCACCACCCUAAGCGACCAGGUCAAGAAGGUCUUUGCCUUCCUAUCCUUGCUCUGCCUUGUCAACUCCAUGAUCAACCCCAUCAUCUAUGCCCUGCGGAGUGGGGAGAUCCGCUCCUCUGCCCACCACUGGCUGGCCCACUGGAGGAAACAUCUGAGGAGACUCGGACUUGAAGGAAACAAAGAAGUCCCAAGGUCCUCAGUCACUGAGACAGAGGCUGAUGUGAAAAUCACCCCAUGGUCAGAUUCCAGAGGACUAAACUGCCCUGAAUGCUGAUGAGUUUUCACAGUUUUAAAAAGCUGAGUCAGAGUCAUUUCACUCCCUGGAGGAGCAGCCUUGACCCUAUUGUCUUACUUGAGCCAGGCCCCAGAGGCUUGGACACUUAACCCCUUUCACUGAUGACUGAUGGCACUGACCCUGGCAGGUAGCCUGGCCAUGCCUGUUUGCAUGCAGACUGUUGGAUAAGCCCUGUGAGGAGUGGCAAAGUGGGCAAGAGGCUUGAGGAGGCUCGGUGCACGUUCAGGUUAGGAGAACCUCCCCUAACAAGAGGGCUUAGUGCUUGCAUCCUCCAGAGAGCGUGGGAGCCAGGUGGAGCCUUUAGGCUCAGCAAUGAGGGACUCAGAGGACAUCUGAGAAGAUGAAUGGAUUAUUUUCCCGGGAUCUCAAGAUGUCAGAUGGGAUGGCUGGCCAACCCUGUUCUUGCUUGAUUGUUGGGACCUCCUUGGUUCUAAGGCUAUAAAAGACCCCACUCUCUGGUCACCCUUUCUUACUGAGGACCAAAACAUUUGAUACAAUGAGGACCAAGGGUGAUGAUCCUACCUCUUUCAUAGGUAAUUGACAAGCCUCUAGUUCAAGGAAUCUUGUUAUUAGGGCAAUGGCCCCACUUGACUCCCUGAUAAUCUCCACUCACAGUCACUGUGACCUCCUAGGUCCUUGGGGAAUACAAGGAAGGCUGGGACUGGCUGACACAGAAUUUUCAGAGAAUUUUGUGGCCCCUCUGAAGUCCUUCCACUGGAAGCAGGCAAUGGCUCAGUCUAACUCCAAGAAAAAGGAAGACAUUCACUAAGAUUUUAUAAACCCCCAAAUCGUUCCCGGUUGCCCCUCAGUUCAGUUCCAUUUUCUGUUUGCAAGACAAGGUGCCCACUGUCCAUUCACUCAUGCACCCAUCUCACAAAUACAUGCCAGCCUUUGUGCUAAGUCCUGGUUGUGUGCCAUAAAUUAGACAGGUUCUCCCCCUGUCUAAUGAGGUUUACAUUCUACGUUUUGGUGGGAAGACAGCCACUAAAGAAGAUAAUUACUGGUAGUACAAUGAAGGAAAUCAUCAAGGUCAUGUGAUAGGGAUUAAUUGAGGCAACUUUAGGUAGGGUAGACCUACUCUGUGCUCUGGUCAUAAAUGCCAGCUGGUUUUUAUUGAAUCUUUACUAUGUGCCACACACUAGGAUAAGUACUUUCAAAUGAAGUAUUUUACUUAGUCUUCAGAAUAACCUGACCAAGAGGGUCUUGGUACCUUCAUAUUUUUUUGAUAAGGAAACAUUCAAGAUGCAAAAAUCACUCGCCUGAGAUCACACUGCUGAUAUGUACCCAAAGCUGGAGUUUCCAAAACCUGCCCCUCUUUACCACUAACCUCUUGGCCUAGUUCACUCAAAUUCUGCUUGAUUAGGAAUAAUACUCGAUUUCUAUAACAUCAGAUUGCUGCAACCUUAACUCAAUGUUAUUUCUCAGUAUACUUCAUUUUAUGUCCUGUAUUAAUUUCUUGGGGUUCCUGGCUGCCUCAGUUGGUGGAAUGUGCUAUUAUUUUAUCUCAUGGU